CAUCAUUUCACCAUCCACACUCCUCAUAAUAAUAUAUAUUCAUCAAUCAUCUAUAUAAAGUAGUAGCAGGAGCAAUGAGAGGGAGGGUUUCUCCACUGAUGCUGUUGCUAGGGAUCCUUGUCCUGGCUUCAGUUUCUGCAACGCAUGCCAAGUCACCUUACAGGAAAACAGAGAACCCCUGCGCCCAGAGGUGCCUCCAGAGUUGUCAACAGGAACCGGACGACUUGAAGCAAAAGGCAUGCGAGUCUCGCUGCACCAAGCUCGAGUAUGAUCCUCGUUGUGUCUAUGACACUGGCGCCACCAACCAACGUCACCCUCCAGGGGAGCGGACACGUGGCCGCCAACCCGGAGACUACGAUGAUGACCGCCGUCAACCCCGAAGAGAGGAAGGAGGCCGAUGGGGACCAGCUGAACCGAGGGAGCGUGAAAGAGAAGAAGACUGGAGACAACCAAGAGAAGAUUGGAGGCGACCAAGUCAUCAGCAGCCACGGAAAAUAAGGCCCGAAGGAAGAGAAGGAGAACAAGAGUGGGGAACACCAGGUAGCGAGGUGAGGGAAGAAACAUCACGGAACAACCCUUUCUACUUCCCGUCAAGGCGGUUUAGCACCCGCUACGGGAACCAAAACGGUAGGAUCCGCGUCCUGCAGAGGUUUGACCAAAGGUCAAAGCAGUUUCAGAAUCUCCAGAAUCACCGUAUUGUGCAGAUCGAGGCCAGACCUAACACUCUUGUUCUUCCCAAGCACGCUGAUGCUGAUAACAUCCUUGUUAUCCAGCAAGGACAAGCCACCGUGACCGUAGCAAAUGGCAAUAACAGAAAGAGCUUUAAUCUUGACGAGGGCCAUGCACUCAGAAUCCCAUCCGGUUUCAUUUCCUACAUCUUGAAUCGACAUGACAACCAGAACCUCAGAGUAGCUAAAAUCUCCAUGCCCGUUAACACGCCCGGCCAGUUUGAGGUGGUACCUCUUUCUUCUCACAUAUAUAUUCAAUUCUCAAUUAUCAUCUUACAUGUUGUGGGUGUUGCUUCACACGCCUUCAAUGCGGAAUUCAAUGAGAUACGGAGGGUGCUGUUAGAAGAGAAUGCAGGAGGAGAGCAAGAGGAGAGAGGGCAGAGGCGACGGAGUACUCGGAGUAGUGAUAAUGAAGGAGUGAUAGUCAAAGUGUCAAAGGAGCACGUUCAAGAACUUACUAAGCACGCUAAAUCCGUCUCAAAGAAAGGCUCCGAAGAGGAAGAUAUCACCAACCCAAUCAACUUGAGAGAUGGCGAGCCCGAUCUUUCUAACAACUUUGGGAGGUUAUUUGAGGUGAAGCCAGACAAGAAGAACCCCCAGCUUCAGGACCUGGACAUGAUGCUCACCUGUGUAGAGAUCAAAGAAGGAGCUUUGAUGCUCCCACACUUCAACUCAAAGGCCAUGGUCAUCGUCGUCGUCAACAAAGGAACUGGAAACCUUGAACUCGUAGCUGUAAGAAAAGAGCAACAACAGAGGGGACGGCGGGAACGAGAGUGGGAAGAAGAGGAGGAAGAUGAAGAAGAGGAGGGAAGUAACAGAGAGGUGCGUAGGUACACAGCGAGGUUGAAGGAAGGCGAUGUGUUCAUCAUGCCAGCAGCUCAUCCAGUAGCCAUCAACGCUUCCUCCGAACUCCAUCUGCUUGGCUUCGGUAUCAACGCUGAAAACAACCACAGAAUCUUCCUUGCAGGUGAUAAGGACAAUGUGAUAGACCAGAUAGAGAAGCAAGCGAAGGAUUUAGCAUUCCCUGGUUCGGGUGAACAAGUUGAGAAGCUCAUCAAAAACCAGAGGGAGUCUCACUUUGUGAGUGCUCGUCCUCAAUCUCAAUCUCCGUCGUCUCCUGAAAAAGAGGAUCAAGAGGAGGAAAACCAAGGAGGGAAGGGUCCACUCCUUUCAAUUUUGAAGGCUUUUAACUGAGAAUGGAGGAAACUUGUUAUGUAUCCAUAAUAAGAUCACGCUUUUGUAAUCUACUAUCCAAAAACUUAUCAAUAAAUAAAAACGUUUGUGCGUUGUUUCUCCAAGAAAA